AUGGACAUCGACCCAAGACACGCGCACUACAAAGUCCAGCUGCUUCUGCACAUAAAUAGCGUGCUGCUGGCGCGCAUCAACCAGAUGAAUGCCAAUCCCUCCCAGUUUUCCUUGGAACAACAACAAAAUAUCGCGUCGCAGUAUCUCAAACGCGUGCACGCAAAUCUCCAGUGCAUUUCGCAGCUCAACCAGGGCAUCCAGACCUCCAAGCCAGCAGUGCUCGAACCGCCCCAGCUGCCUCUACAGCAGAACUCCCAGGAUAUCCUCGCCAAGCUGUACUUAUUGACCAGCCGCGUAUUCGAAGUUUGGUGA